AUGUCAAGCAUAUCAUUUAAUUUCACCGACCUGGAGGACAUCCCCCCGGCUUUAUGGAGCCUUCGGUGCGGAAUUGGCAAGCGUGAUUGCACAAUAACUGAGAAACACCUUGCGCCUCUCGAUGACCUUGCGGUCAGGUUGGGUGUCACUCAACAUGCGCGACAAAAUGCAAAAAGAUUGGCAACCGGUUACAGGGACCUUGUGGUUCUGCUUCUCGAACCAAGCGACAAGGCCGAGGAGGUCUCGUACCAUGAGAUGCUUGAAUGUUCUACUGCUCUGAAAUAUGUUAAUGACUCUCUCCGUCUUGCAUUCGAUGGACGACGCGAUCUGGACAAUACUGUUGUGCUCGAUAUCAGGCCGUAUCGCAGCGAUAGGAUAAGAAUGCAACAAAAAGAGGAAGACCGCAUUGCCGAUGAUGAACCAGCUUACGAGGCAACUGAAGAAAUUUUGACUUUGCUGCGUCCAGACCUUGUUCUGAUCUGUCAAUGCCAGACGUCCGAUGUGGGAAACAGGUUUGCCGCUGAUUACUGUUCAUCCGUGGAAUCAAGCGGGGAUCUCUCUCUAUCUGGUCUACGGAAUGGCCAUAAAAUAGUGAAGAUCAACAGCUUCCAUCCAAUGUAUUUUGCCCGAACAGACAAAGACAAAGAACCCCUAAAGAGAAUGAUUCGAAAGUAUCUGUUUGAUACUACGUUUCUGGUUGCUGCCAAUUUUCUCGCAGGCCGGCGACUUUCUGGCUUCGGCAUGGACAAUCUGAGGCAAUGUGCAGAACACGGGCCAGUGACGAAAUUCACGUCCGAAGGUGUUAGAAUUACGUGCCAGUGGACAGAUGAAGAUGAUGUCGCUAGUCCCAGCCUUAUCCAAAGGCUGGAAGAACUGGGUCUGGGAGCAAAGCAUCACCGCUCCACGGAACUUGAUCAACUCCUAAGCAGAAAUCUCCAGAAGCACAAAAAGUACGACGACUUUGUGUCCUAA